GUAAAGGCCGUGCGGACAGCGUUAAAAUUGGCGAGGGUCUCCUCGGCAUUUCCAUCAUUGUCUGUCACCCCACCGCGCGAUUCAAACUCUCUAGACUCUUUGCGUAUGCAAGUAGGAGCGACAGAGGAGGCUCGCAUCGGAUCCUCAGGCCUUCAGGGCCUGGCCGACCUUCUGGAUCGGUUCGAGAGGCGCGCACCGAGCCAAAGGGCCAUUGUCUGCAAUAUGGUGAUGGAGCACGCGCGGGUCCAUCGACUUGUGGAAGAGGGAUUUGCAUUUCUCGAAGCCAUGCGGGCUCUAGAUAUUCCCCGUCAAAGCGCAACCCUGCAGCCCUUGCUCAAGCUGUGUUCCUCUGCGAACCGGCAGCGGGAUGUUGUGCGCCUGGUGGGCGAGAUGGUGGAAAAGGAUAAGCUGAAGCCUCAGGCACAAACAUACAGCCAGGUCAUAGAGGCAGCGACGCGGGCGGACAUGGUCGAGGAGGCGCUGAAGCUCUUCCAAACGAUGAUUGCGGAGGGAUUCCCAGCGGGAGACAAAGAGUGCACAGACCUUAUGGCCGCUCUGGCGCGGAAUGGGGACUGGAGCCGGGCUUUAGACCUGCUUCAGGACAUACGAGUUUACACCAAGCGUCCGCCGGCCUGUAUCGUCUAUACCGCGGCGGUGAACGCGUGCGGGAACGGGGGGGCGUGGGAGAUGGCCCUGAUGCUGAUGCGGCGGAUGGAGGAGGAAGGCAUUGCGCCGAACAGCUACACCUACAGCUCGGCAAUUAAGGCGUGUUCGCGGGCUGGGAAGUGGGAACAGGCAUCUGCGCUUUUUACUGAGAUGCAGGAACGGGGACUACCGCAGAAUGAGGUCACGUACACGGUGAUCUUGAACGCGCACGCGAAAGCCGGCCGCCUUCAAGAGGCAGCCGCCUGUCUGGAGGGGAUGAAGAAGCGGGGCCUCAGCCCGUCCACCCCGCACUACACAGCUGCGAUCGAUGCUUGCAGCCGCUCGGGAGAGUACCAACAAGCUCUGCGCUGGUUCGAGGAAAUGAAGAAUGAGAAAGUGCCCAUCAACCGCAUGACGUACUCGGCGACAAUAGCUGUUUGCGGUAAGGGAGGGGCUUGGGAGCAAGCGGUCCGUGUGCUGUUGGAUAUGAUGCUCACUUCAAGAGAUGGGUCAUCUCACGUCUGUUAUAUGCUUGCGGUUGACGCCUGUCGGCGCUCCGAUCAGUGGCCUGUCGCAGCAUAUCUCUGGGAUUUGAUCGAGCUGGUGGACCCCAAGGAACUAAAUCAACCCACUCUGAACUCUCUCAUUUGCGCAAUGGAACACCCGGCCCUUCACUCCCUCGUGGCGUCCUUCUACCAGCAAGCCUACGACAAGGGGCAAGUCAAUCACUGGAGCGUCGCCUUCUACCGAGUCGUGGAUCUGCACAAUUUUUCUCGGCCGUUGGCCAAAGCGGCGCUGCACCACGUCUUAGAAUGCAUGCUUGAAAAGCAUGGUCCAGGUGUAGCGAGGGAUUUGUCGAUUGUCUCCGAUGGAGAAGAGAUGGGGACCAAGGAAGAAAAGGGGUUCCGGAGUACGGCUCCUUUCCAAUCUCUAAGUGGCGAGAUCCCUUGUGACCCAGCCAUCUCCACGCAGGCGGACAAGAAGUGGUCGGCGAGUGAGAUGUACCUGCCUUGGCCCCGCAACAAGGCACGUCACGGCUACGUCCAAGAUCCUCGCGACCCCCUCGUGAUUGUCACCGGCCACGGCAGGAGGCGAGCAGCGGGGACAAGCGUGCUGCGUGAUGACAUUGCUGAUUUUUUGACGUCAGAGUUUGACCCUCCCUUGACCACAAAAACGAUGCCUUACAACCCUGGACGGCUACUCGUGCCAAGUUCGACGUUGCUUACGUAUCUUUUGGCAAAAAGUGGUUCGUAGGCAGCAGAUUUCAACCAUAAAAACGGCAUGUAUAUUGUACUGACAUUUUUGCGCGGUACCGCCGUGCGUAAAGUAAGUUUAA